AAGAGCAGGACACCCGCAUUUUGGGAUUUUAGAACUGCAAGAGCCCAGAGUCAUCUGGUGCAGCCCACCCCUUUGCAGAUGCUCUUCCUGGAAUCUCCUAAGACGAGCUUCUGGGUUCAUUCGGCCCCUUUUCCUUCUCGAAGCCCAAAGCACUUUCGCUGUGGAUGAUCUCAACAUUCCAGGCAGGUAGGGAUGUGUAGGGAGGUGUCAGCAGCCUCGCUUUUUACCGUAGGGUGGGUACACUGACUCAGACGACGGGCCUCGUGGGGCGGGAGCGGUAACGGGAAUUCAGGGCUCCCGGCCAGAGCGAAAUUUAUUGUGUAUCCUUUUGGGAAGCGUGAAAGUGAAGUAAUCGACUUACGAGUCCCCGGCGGGACCUUUCAGCCCUCUAGAAGGGUCGGAACGGGGUCGGGAGGAUUAAUGCGGUAGAAGAGCUCGUGGCAUUGGCCCAUUGGCAACUUUGCGAGGUCCAGCCGAGUCCGCCGCCCUUCGCUGGACAGGGUGACCAAUGGCCUGCGGCUUCUUUAAGGCCCCAGCGUCCCGCCCCGGCUCGGCGCGGACCUCCUCCCACCUCCUCGCCCCAGCUCCUCCAGUUCCAGACUUCCCUCGGCGAUGAGGUCAUCUCCCCGCUUCCCAUUGGCUGCUCCGGGCCGUCAGUCACAGGAAGUCCCGCCGCCGUCCUCCUCUCCCUCGCGCCCCUCCCUUCCUCGCUCGCCCCUCGGCCCGCCGGCCGGCCUGCACGCGGCCUCUGAUUGGCCAGUGCCGCUAUCACUCCUCCAGCGGGCGGCGUGGAAGGCGGGAGGCGGGUGUGGUGGGAGGGUCUGCAGCUUCCGUGGCUGAGAGGAGCCGGCGGCGACCGUGUCUGUGGUGUCCGCGGUGGCGGCGAGAACGGCCGUCCCACCUUCCCCAUCUCCUAGGCUCCGCUGGCUACACACCCUCCGCUUGUGCGGGCUUCUCCGCAGCUCCGCGCGUCUUCGCGGGACGUUGAGCCUCGAGAGGAGACGCGCGCGGUGAGAGCCGGAGCGGGGACCGCCGCGGAGCUCGGGCCGGGAGGAGAGCGAGGCGUGACCGAAGGGUGUGAUUGGCAUGGAAUUGAAUUUCUUCUGUCUGUGGGAAUUGUAAAUAAGAUGUUACAUGUUUUAUAAAUUGAAGGCAAGACCCUCCACCAGCAAAAAGAUUACGACUUGCAUUAAUGUGAUAUCUGGAAUCCUUCAUGCAAUAUCUCUGAGGGAUGCCUAUACCACUUUAAAAAAACACAGCACUGCUUUACUGAGUACACACAGAGAUAUGGCUUACAUGAUGGUUGCCAUCACGAAAGCCAAAGUGGAUUUCUCCAGUGUAGUGUGCCUGCCCCCUUCCGUCAUUGCUGUGAAUGGGCUGGACGGAGGAGGGGCUGGCGAAAAUGAUGAUGAACCAGUGCUGGUGUCCCUGUCCGCGGCCCCCAGCCCCCAGAGUGAAGCUGUUGCCAAUGAGCUGCAGGAGCUCUCCUUGCAGCCCGAGCUGACCCUUGGCCUCCACCCUGGCAGGAAUCCCAAUUUGCCUCCACUUAGUGAGCGGAAGAAUGUGCUGCAGUUGAAGCUCCAGCAGCGGCGGACACGGGAAGAGCUGGUGAGCCAAGGGAUCAUGCCUCCUUUGAAAAGUCCAGCUGCGUUUCAUGAACAGAGAAGGAGCUUGGAACGGGCCAGGACAGAGGACUACCUGAAACGGAAGAUUCGUUCCCGGCCGGAGAGGUCAGAGUUGGUCAGGAUGCACAUUUUGGAAGAGACCUCGGCUGAGCCUUCCCUUCAGGCCAAGCAGCUGAAGCUGAAGAGAGCCAGGCUGGCUGAUGACCUCAACGAGAAGAUUGCGCAGAGGCCUGGCCCCAUGGAGCUGGUGGAGAAGAACAUCCUGCCUGUGGAGUCCAGUUUGAAAGAAGCCCUCAUCGUGGGCCAGGUGAAUUACCCGAAAGUGGCAGACAGCUCUUCUUUCGAUGAGGACAGCAGCGAUGCCUUAUCCCCUGAGCAGCCUGCCAGCCAGGAGUCCCAGGGCUCAGUGCCAUCACCCCUGGAAGCCCGAGUCAGCGAGCCACUGCCCAGUGCCACCUCUAUAUCCCCCACUCAGGUUGUGUCUCAACUCCCAGUGGGCCCAGAGUCCAGAGAAACGCUUUUCCUGGCAGAGCAGCCUCCUCUGCCUCCCAGCCUCACCAACGGAACCACGGUCCCCACCGCCAAGCCCACCCCCACGCUCAUUAAGCAAAGCCAACCCAAGUCUGCCAGCGAGAAGUCGCAGCGCAGCAAGAAAGCCAAGGAGCUGAAGCCAAAGGUGAAGAAGCUCAAGUAUCACCAGUACAUCCCCCCGGACCAAAAGCAGGACAAGGGGGCACCCCCCAUGGACUCCUCCUACGCCAAGAUCCUGCAGCAGCAGCAGCUGUUCCUCCAGCUGCAGAUCCUCAACCAGCAGCAGCAGCAGCACUAUAACUACCAGACCAUCUUGCCGGCCCCCCCAAAGCCGGCAGGUGAGGCUCUGGGAAGUGGUGGGGUCCCCCCGAUGCGCAGCCUUUCCACUACCAAUACCAGUUCCAGCUCGGGCACCCCUGGGCCCAGUGGGCUGGCACGUCAAAACAGCACCUCUCUGACUGGCAAGCUGGGAGCCCUGCCCGCCAACCUGGACGACAUGAAGGUGGCAGAGCUGAAGCAGGAGCUGAAGUUGCGGUCACUGCCCGUCUCUGGCACCAAGACAGACCUGAUUGAGCGCCUGCGUGCCUACCAAGAACAAGUCAGCCCUGCCCCCGGAGCCCCCAAGGUCCCUGCUGCCACCUCUAUCCUGCCCAAGGCUGGCGAGGUGGUGGUAGCCUUCCCGGCAGCCCGGCUAAGCACGGGGCCUGCUCUGGUGGCAGCAGGCCUGGCCCCAGCCGAGGUGGUAGUGGCUACGGUGACCAGCAAUGGAGUGGUGAAAUUUGGCAGCACGGGCUCCACACCCCCCGUGUCUCCCACUCCCUCAGAGCGUUCACUGCUUAGCACGGGAGAUGAGAACUCCACACCUGGGGACACCUUUGGCGAGAUGGUGACAUCACCACUGACCCAGCUCACCCUGCAGACUUCGCCACUGCAGAUCCUUGUGAAGGAGGAGGGUCCCCGGGCCGGGUCCUGCUGCGUGAGCCCUGGGGUGCGGGCAGAGCUGGAGGGGCGUGACAAGGACCAGAUGCUGCAGGAAAAGGACAAGCAGAUUGAGGAGCUGACCCGCAUGCUCCGGCAGAAGCAGCAGCUGGUGGAGUGGCUCAGGCUGCAGCUGGAGCAGGAGAAGCGGGCCCAGCAGCCCCCGCCAGCCCCAGCCCCAGCCCCCGCCCCCACCCCUGCCCCUCUUGGCGUCCCAGUGAAGCAAGAAAACAGCUUCUCCAGCUGCCAGUUGAGCCAGCCAUCCCUGGGCCCUGCUCAUCCCUUCAGUCCCAGCCUGGCGGCCCCCACUCCCCACCACGUAGACACUUGUGCCCUGGUGCCUCCUUCGGUGGUGGUGAAGCAGGAAGCCAUGCUGCCUGAGCCGGAGCCGGCCCCCACACCCCAGCUGCUUCUGGGCCCACAGGGCCCCAGCCUCAUCAAAGGGGUGACACCUCCCACCGUCAUCACUGACUCCGCAGGGACCCACCUUGUCCUCACCGUGACCAAUAAGAAUGCAGACAGCCCUGGCCUGGCCAGUGGGAGCCCUCAGCAGCCCUUGUCCCAGCCUGGUUCUCCAGCCCCUGUCCCAGCAGCCCAGAUGGACCUGGAGCACCUGCCACAGCCCCCAUUUGGGACCUCCACUUCUCUGCCAAAGAAGGAGCCGCCUGGCUAUGAGGAAGCCGUGAACCAGCAGCCCAGACAGCAGGUGAAGAAGGAAAAUGGUUCCUCGAGCCAACAGAUGGAUGACCUGUUUGACAUUCUUAUUCAGAGUGGAGAAAUUUCAGCAGAUUUCAAGGAGCCACCAUCCCUGCCAGGGAAAGAGAAGCCCCCCACAACAGCAGCCUGUGGGUCGCCCCUGGCCACGCAGUCCCCACCCUCUGCUGAGCUUCCCCAGGCUGCCCUGCCCUCGACCUCACCUGUCCUUCCUGGGCGCCUGGAGGACUUCCUGGAGAGCAGCACUGGGCUACCCCUGCUGACUGGUGGACAUGAGGGGCCAGAGCCCCUCUCCCUCAUUGACGACCUCCACAGUCAGAUGCUGAGCAGCUCUGCCAUCCUGGACCACCCCCCCUCACCCAUGGACACCUCGGAAUUGCACUUUGCCCCUGAGCCCAGCAGCAUGGGCCUGGACCUGGCUGAUGGCCACCUGGACAGCAUGGACUGGCUGGAGCUGUCAUCAGGUGGCCCCGUGCUCAGCCUGGCCCCACUCAGCAACACGGCCCCCAGCCUCUUCUCCACGGACUUCCUUGAUGGCCAUGACUUGCAGCUGCAUUGGGAUUCCUGCUUGUAGCUCUCAGGUUUGCCAGGGAACUGGAGGGGCUGGAAGCUGGGGAGCCUCAGGAACUCUAGGGAGCUCAGCUCUCUCCUGCGGGAUCCAGCUCUGCGUGGUCGUGAGUCCUGACAAUCACAGGCCCUGCUUUCCCCUCCCUGGCUCAGGGUCACCCAGGGGUUUUGGAGACCUGGGCAGGCCAGGGACAUUCUAUUUGACCUCCUUUUGUGAGGUUGGAGGUACCUGCCUGGCUACAGUUUGCUCAGGUGGGCGAGGUAUGAACUCCCUCCUUCCCUUCUCUUCCCUACAAGGGAAAGAAAAACUGGGCCUCUACCUCUCCAUUCCCCGUGACCCUAACCCCAGGUUUCCUAGGCUGGGGGAGGCGCUGCCAUGUUAGUGUCUUGCUGUAGAGUAACCAUUUAGUGGUUGGUGGCAAACAUGUUCUGUACAGGUGUACAUACCUCUAUAUUAUAUAUCGCCAUACAUAUAUACAUAUAUUUUUGGGGGGUAAGAGGUGGAUGAAGUUCCUUCCCAUCCUACUGUGCACAUAUAGAAGGGUCUGAAGACCCCUGCUCCACCCAUCACGUGUGUUUGACAUGUAGACACCCCAUCACAGCCUGUACCCCACCUGUCCUGCUCGUUAUCAGUGCCACGAGGGCAGAGGUGCAUCUUGGCCACCUGCCCACAUUCCGUCCUGCUGCCUCACUGCAGCCACCACGGCCCUGGGACAGGAGGGGCAUUAGCGCCAUAGUGGGGCCAGAUGUAGCCGUCAAACUAUGGCUUCCUCCUGCCCUGGGGCCCAGCCUCCCUUCUGGCUGUCACUGUUAUUCUAGGGGUUUGGGGAGG